AACCAAACAAACGUAUUAACGCAAAUUUUCCUGACGUUUUUACCCCACCUACCCCCUGUUUAUGUGUUUUCGCCUGGUUUGCUACCCUUUCGCCAAAUAUUGAAAUAGUGUGCCGCAUGGUGCGCGUCUGCCCGAGGUCCGACCUUUACACUCCCUCAGCUGCAUCAGUGAAAUAUUUAAGAAAGUCUGCUGACUGCACACUUUCGUUCAUUUCCAUAUUUACCAAAGUGUUUUUGUGUGGGUGCAAGUGUGUGCGUGUGCGAAAACUAGCUCAGCAGUUUUGUGAUACAACAGUUAGCGGUUGUGUAUUUUCGGCAACUUUUGGCACUGCUUUGUUUCUGCAAAUCACAAAGUCACAUACUAGGAUGGCAUGAAACACUUCACAAAAGAUAAAAUAUGUCGUUUCGAUCAUUUGCACGAAGCAACUGGACAAUCAGCACAGAGUUUCAACAGUCCAUCUAUGAUAGAUGAAGUAAACAAAUCGAACGGUUUCAUUUCAACAAAAUAAUCCCAACAGUAUAACUUUGCUAAAUUUAGACACGUGAAUAAGUUGAUGGAUAGCAAAUCCCCGGUGAGACAUAUAUUCCACGAAAUUCUAAGGCGAACAGCUUGUACUACAACAAGAUUAAUUGCAACGAAUCCCAGUUCGGAGAUGGCGGUGAUUAAGUGCUAUAAAUGAAAUGGUACUAGCAACAAAUGUGAUGACCGAGAGACUAACAAAAAAUCUUGAAGUUGAAGGAAACAUAAUACGAACUUGGAAAACAAAAACAAAACCAAAGUAAAAUUGCACAAGAACAAACUUAAUAAAGCGGCGAGUGAGGCUAAAUUGAUUGAGAUGUGAGGCUUUCACAUUUUACUAUGAAAAUAAGCGCGCAAAAUGUGUAAACACCACAAUUAUGAUUAAUGACAAACAGAUUAGACGCGACUAAUUUAGACGAUAAAACGAAAAUUAAGCGAAACAAAAGCGGAGAAAAACGUAAAGGAGAAAAUUAUCAGCAACCACUUGGGCUUAGUGUGCUGUGCGCGCAUGAAGCAUGAAUCGACACAAAGUCACAGAAGCCACAAAGUAAUUGCCAGCAAAAUCCCGGGAGUAGGCGGGAGAUAAAUGGAUUUACGUACUUUGCCGCGUCAACUGAAAGCGCGGGCGUUGAAAGCCCUAAAGCCUGCGCGCAACAUAUAUUUCCACGCAAACCACGAGCCAACGCUGCUGGCAGACUAAAGCGACUUUGCGCGCUUUGGUCUCAAAACCAAAAAAAAAAAAAAAACAAGGAGAAAUAAUAAUAAUAAUAAUUUGGUAAUUAACUAGUUGGAGUUAGCACGCAAAAGGUUUAAUUCGAAUUUCUAAGCGAGUUUUUCUAAAAUUUUCCAUAAACCAAUUUUUGCUAUUUUUCGCCUACACGUAUUCACACGCACUCAUACAAAAACUUUCAUUUGAAUACUCACACAACCCUAUUCAUAUUUUAUAUGGCUUCAUACACCCGGUCGGACGUCCACCAACUGCAACAACAACACUAUUGUGAAACAAAUACACCUACAAAACAUAAAAACAACACAUACACGCUGCCAAAGCGCUUUGCGCCAAGCCGUCACCCAAACAAUACCAACGCAAAUAUUAGCAACAACAGCAACAUACGCCACAAAUUGUUACUACGCGCGCAGCACAGCCCGCGAGCACUGCGCCACACGCUACAUGCCACCGUCCUUCUACUGCUCACACUACCGCUUAGCAAUUGGCUAGCGCAGGCUUCAGCUGCCGCCACUGUCACCGCUGCACAAGUGCGCCAACGCUCGCUGCCGAACAGCAAGCCCACAAAUCCACCGUUGAGCGUCGGCGCGGGCAUUGCGUACAACGCGCCUGACGCGGCGGCACCAGUCGGCGAAAGCGCUGAUGAGUUCAAUAACAGUGCAUUUAGCACGAACUUAAUUUCUAUAGCCGAUGUUAUCACUCUCACGUCAACAUUGUCGAACGUUAGCGGCAGUGGCGCGCUGAACGGCAGCAAUCAAAAUGCAAACAGUAUUAACGCGAGUUAUGCAAGCGCUGGUAGUGGCAGCGGCAGCAGUGGCAGUGCAAGCGCCGCACUCAUCACAACCAGCAGCAUUUGGGAUCCCAUGGUUGGCGCACACCCCACCGACAUUAGCGCCGCCACAGCAUCACCGUCGGAGCAGGGAUCGAACGAAGACGAGUACGGUGAAAUCGAACUGCCGCCAUGGCAAGCGAUUAUUGUCAGCAUUGUGCUGCUGCUAAUCAUUAUUGGCACUGUAAUUGGCAAUGUGCUGGUCUGCAUUGCCGUCUGCAUGGUACGUAAGCUGCGGCGCCCCUGCAAUUAUCUGCUCGUUUCGCUGGCGCUCUCUGAUCUCUGUGUCGCGCUGCUAGUCAUGCCGAUGGCUAUGCUGUAUGAGGUGUUGGACAAGUGGAAUUUCGGUCCCAUACUGUGCGACAUCUGGGUGUCGUUUGAUGUACUCUGCUGCACUGCCUCCAUAUUGAAUUUGUGCGCCAUCUCGGUGGACCGCUAUCUGGCCAUCACCAAGCCGCUAGAAUAUGGCGUCAAGCGUACACCGCGUCGCAUGAUGGCUUGCGUUGCGCUGGUAUGGCUGGUGGCGGCGAGCAUUUCACUGCCGCCACUGCUCAUACUGGGCAACGAGCAUGUGGACGAGCACGGCACACCCAUCUGUAUUGUCUGUCAGAAUUUUGCAUAUCAAAUUUAUGCAACACUCGGUUCCUUUUACAUACCGCUCUCUGUGAUGCUCUUUGUGUACUAUCAAAUAUUCCGCGCCGCCAGGCGUAUAGUGCUCGAGGAGAAGCGUGCACAAACGCAUUUGCAGCAUGCGCUCAACGGCACCGGCUCGCCGCCCGGCAAUACAGACUUAACGGUGAUGGGUAGCGGCAAUGGACAGCGCCACAGCAGCUAUGGCAACACCUCGCUCACAUACUCCACUUGCGGCGGCCUGAGUGCGCAUCACACUAGCGGCAGUGGCGGCGCUGUGAGUGGCACUAGCGGCCUGCUCGGUUCACCGCAUCAAAAGAAGCUGCGUUUCCAAUUAGCCAAAGAGAAGAAAGCUUCCACUACGUUGGGCAUAAUUAUGUCGGCGUUCACCAUUUGCUGGCUUCCAUUCUUUAUACUCGCACUGAUACGACCCUUUGUCGAAUCGGAAACGGUGCAUGUGCCGCCCUCGCUCGCUUCACUCUUCCUCUGGCUGGGCUAUGCCAACUCAUUGCUUAAUCCCAUCAUUUAUGCCACACUGAAUAGGGAUUUCCGCAAGCCCUUCCAGGAGAUACUCUAUUUCCGCUGCUCGAGUCUCAAUACAAUGAUGCGUGAAAACUACUAUCAGGAUCAGUAUGGCGAGCCGCCGUCGCAGCGUGUGAUGUUGGGCGAUGAGCGGCAUGGCGCGCGGGAGAGUUUCCUCUGAAAUUAGGCUGUCUAAGCGCGGCAUGUGAGUGGGCAAGUGUAAGCGUGUGGCGCAGGUGGGUGUGCAGCCACUAGACUCUACUAGUUUGACUACUUUAAGACUAAAUACGUUUUUUGUUUUUCGUUUGUGUGCGUGUGUCUGUGUCGGUGUAUUUGUAGGUGUAUUUGUAUUCUCAGUGUUUCAAAACGUUUUAAAGCAAUUGCAAGCGUUUCAAAGUGACAACUCAAAUGUAACAUAAACGAGGCAUAUACUUUAUUAUUUAAAAAUAACAAAAACAUAAAGAAAAAUUAACAACAACAAAAACAAAAAAAUAAAAAUUCAAAAAUAAACGUAGCCAUAAAGGAAGUAAGCGGGCAUGGUGGGACUAGUGUACUAGUUAGAGCGCAAAAAGUUACUAAAAGUAGUCACAAUACAAUGUGUAAAUAUAUAUGUAUGUACAAUUAUAAAUGUAUUUAAGCAGCUGCUCUGUAUUGAACUGAAGUAAAUUAAAUUAGCUAAGCUCACCUACUACUAAGAACCAGUGUUGUAAAAAAUGCAAAUAAAAUUGAUAAAAUGUAUGUGUGUAUAUGGCAAACAAAACUGACACUGCAAGUGCAACUACAAUUAUCUGUGGGUAUCUCUAAUGAAUGUUAGUCAAUAAGUACUAAUUCCUAGUUUUAAGAAAACAAAAUCAACUUACUAACUUGUGUUUAUACUUUUUCGUAGCUGUCAAGUGCUGGAAAUGCAUACAUAAAUACAAUCAAAAGCAACUGAAAUUUGAAAAUGUAGUACAAGUCAUCAGAUACAUAAUAACAUAAUUAACUGCAUGCAUACAUAUGUACAUAUUAAUAUAGAAGUUUGAAGCUGUGAAGUAAAAAAGCAAAAAACAUAACCAUUUGAAGCAAUGGAAUUACAACUCCAACAAUUUAGUUUGAAAAUUGUUAAUUUUCUUCUUACUUCCCAUUUACACGACUCUCUAAAUUCUCAACAAAGUAUUGAUAACUGCGAUCCUGCUAUAGAACGUAAAUGAGGCACUAUAAUGAGGAACAAAUUAGCAGUGAAAUAUUUUUUUUUUUUUUUGUUUUUGAGCCUGCGAAUAUUCCAGGUUUACUAACAAAACUAAAAUUCCGAAAUUAAUAUUUGCUCUUAUCUCGUUGAAGCUGUAUCUUAAUAUCGAAAAGUAUACUAAAUAUUUAAUAUUCUGAAAUCUGAUGCGAUUCUAACUUAGCGAUAUGCCUAAACAAUAUGGUGGUUUCAAAAAUAUCACAAAUCGCUUGAAAGAAAAAUUUUUAAUGACAUCAGAGUUCUCCCCAGCGAUAUAGAGAUGCCCAACUCUCCUGUCAUUGUAAAUGAGAGAACAGUUCAUCUACCCGACUUUGACAGUUGAUUUAAUGGGGUGGAUUUUAACGUUUUACAGAUUGAAAUUUUACCAAAAAUAUGAACGGAGGGAUUUGUUGUAC